GUGUGUGUGUUUAUGUGGCGUGUGUGUGCGUAAGGGGGAGAAAGAAAGAAAGAGGAGGAUGAGUGUUUACACGCUGAACCUGCGCGUGUUCUGGCCCCUCUUCACCUGCGUGCUCGCCACUCUCCUGCUCCUCCAUCACCUCACCCUCUGGGAUGUAGCCGCCGAGACAGCAGCAGCAGCAGCAGCAGCAGGAGAGGGGGAGCAGGGCUGCAGGGACCAGCAGCACUACGGCACCCUGUCCCUCCUCAAAUACCUCCUGGUGUUCGCUCUCUGCUACUUCUUCAUCCGCUACUGUGCCGCGGGACCUGGGGAGGAGGAGGGCAAGCGAGCCACCCUGGGUCGGAGCCUCCUGCUGGGGGAGAGCCACGCCAGGGCCAGGCGGGAGCUGCUGGAGGAGUACUACGAGCGGGAGGUGCGCCUGUCGCCCCACGUCCUGGGCCACAGCAAGGCGCACGUGGCCAAGCUGGUGAGCGAGCUGGUGAGGACGGGCCGCACCGACGGGCCGCCGGAGUCCUCGCUGGCCUUCCGCGGCGACCACGUGCAGAUCGGCAGCUCGUACGAGGAGCACAAGGUGGGCUCGCCGGACUGCUUCGAUAUCCUGGUGCCCCUGCGGCUGCCCCGCGGGCUGACGUUGGACACGGUGGUGUUUUCGGGGAAGGGUGCGGCGACGGUGGGAGGAGGAGGGCCGCCGCUUUGCACCAUGGAGACCCCGCGGAAGUCCGACUGGACCAAGAAGCACCGGGCGUUCUGUGAGGGCUUUCUGAGACCGCAUGGUUCAUCUCCCUCAUCCUCUCCCUCUUCCUCGUCCUCUUCCGCUCCCACUGCCACCACUGGUGCUGUCCAUCGCCUGAGCCCGGACUGUGUGCUGCGCUGGUUCUACCCGGCCGCCCAGCGCUGCCUGGCUACGGUACGCUACCCUUUCGAGCAGCGCUGCGCCAUCAGCCUCUCCCUGGGCGAGGAGCAGCGGGUGCAGCUGCGCCUGACUCCGCGCUCUGACUAUGUCUGCUGCCACAUCUCCAUGGGCGUGCGCCUCAUCCCCGCCUUCCCUCUUGGGGACUCGGCCUUCCUGGUUCCCGCCUCGGACCCGCGGUACCCGGGAGAGGACCUCUGGGCCGUCUACUUCCCCAAGCAGGAGCAGCGUCUGCUGGGCUGGCUCAAGGGCCGGCUCCCCUCCGCCGGCUCCUGCCACCUCAAGGUCCUCCAGCUGGCCAAGGAGGUGCGGGACCUGGGGGGCCAGACCCUGGACAACCAGGCGCGUGCCCAGUGGAGAGGGGUGCUGUCCUCCUACGCCCUGAAGACGGCCUGGCUGCGGCUGCUCCUGACCACCCCUCCGGAGGCCUGGGAAGAGCGCCACCUGGUGGAGCGGCUGGAGGACCUGCUGCGCAGCCUCAGAGAGGGGCUGCAGGGCUGCGUCCUGAGACACCUGUUUCUUGGGGGAGACGCGGCUAGGCUGCUCCCUGAGUCCGUGGCCAUGGCUCUGCCAAAGGUGGUGAAGGACACGGCCACGCCCUCCAACCUGUGGGAGGGUUCGAGCCAGGCGUCUCUGGAGCUGGUGGCGGCCCGCCUGGCGUACACCUGGGCACACCUGCACCGACUCAUCCGCCUGGGGCGGCCCCAGAGGAGCAGCCUGGGAAGGGGCCUGCACUGCAAGCACAUCGAGGCGGAGUGAUUACGACAGCAGCACCGAUACGCAGCCCAACCCUAACUCCAGAUCACAGUGACAUCAGACAAGCUACUUUAUGAAGUGAAGCAGUGUACUGCCAGUUUCAGGAUUCUAUACAAGAAGUGGCAUGUACAGUUUAUGUCUAUGUGGCUCACAUACUGGUUGCUGCUUAACCUGCUUUGAAGGCGUCUGUUAUCAUUUUGACAGAGACCCCAGCAGCCUAACCCAAACCCCAGAUCGGUUUUAAACAGCAAUGCAGCAACAGUUACCAGGAAUUGAAGAGGGGGGUGGGGAGUCCCUUCGCCUCAGGGCGUCAUGGUACAAAGAGGAUAGUGAUUUGUUUGUGACUAAUGCUUGAGGUGUUUGUUCUCAAGGGAUAUUUCUCAACAGCCAUAUGUGCCUCUUACCGUUCACCAAAGAUGUCAACCUUAUUUGUUGAUAUGCUGGUUUAUAUGUUUUCAGUGUUAGGGAACACAGUGUUAACUCGUUGAGGCCUUAUUCAGAUAUUAUGACAUAGCAGAUGUUAUAUAUUUUAUUUUAUAUAUACUUAUUGUUUUAUUGAGACCUAGCCUGUGUGUUGAAGGGCAUGCCGCAUGUUGCCACUUAAGUAUGAUUUAUUGGGCAAGUAUUGCACACACUUCAUAUUUCGUUUAGAAUGUAACGGUCCGCUUGUUCAUUUGCACUGUGACUUUUAAUUCUAAUGGAGAUGUUUGGGGUUUUUUUUAAACAAGAAAUUGAUUGCUAUGAAAAAAUAGACUAAAGUAGGAAUGGAUGGUUGAGCCAUGUGGGUUUAAGCUCAAUCUUUAUUUUGCCAAUCAGUAUAAGUUGCCUACCGAAGAUCUACUCUGUAGGGUAAGCAGUUUGGGUGUCAAAGCAAAGAUCCAAUGAUAGUGAUCCCUGAUAGAUAGAUUGCCUUGAAUGUAUGGGGUUGCACAGAUUAAGCCUUUUUGGUACAGCACAAGUUGCCGGCUUCUGGCAACAAUGGCUCUUACUUUGAAGCAUGCCGCAGUUGUUACACUAUGUAGCUGUUGUUGUCGUUAUUAUUUUUUUUAGUACUGUCUUAUUUAUCUUGGUACUCAUCAGGGACGUAAGUAAUUACAGGAAACAUUCCAGCUUUGUAGGCAUAAUUGCUGUUUUCGUUUGGGAAACCAUGAUGGAGACACCAAAGCGACGUGUCUUUUUCAGUUAGCUGUUUCAGAUACCAGAUCAUGCUAGUUAGAGGAAGUAGUCUGAAUGGUACCGUCAAAACAGAGCAGUAGAUUUGGCCACACCGGUGUUGGCUGUGUGGUCCCCAGUGGCCGAUGGUUCAAACAAGGCUUCCGUUCAUCCCAGAGCAGCGUGAAGACUGGGGGUCAAAGGUCAGCAUAGUAUUUCUGUUCAUGUAAGACACACUCGCACAGUCGCACACUGCACUGACACAUAGUCACACAAUCACACACAUGCACUCUCUCUCUCUCGCUGUCUCUCUCUCUCUCUCUCUCUCUCUCUCUCUCUCUCUCUCUCUCCCUCUCCC